CUGAUGAAGACUGAGUUCCAGUCUGAGAAGAUCUGCUGAUAACUUCUGUCUGAGUGAAGGUAUGUUGAAGUUCAUCCGGAAGCCGAUUCAGGAUCACUUAACAGAACGAAGGAUUCGCAAGAGGCGGCUCGUGACCAAAGACGGCCACUGCAACAUAGAAUAUGACAAUGUUACGUAUCAGAACUAUUUAGUGUACCUGAAAGACUUUUGGACCACCUUUGUUGAAUUUCCAUGGCGGUUUGUUAUACUUUUUUUCAUCACUGCUUUUACGGGAAGCUGGUUCAUCUUUGGCCUGCUGUGGUACUCGAUUGCCAAAAGCAAUGGAGACCUUGACGUUGGGGGUACUCCUAAUGGCCAUUUAAAGUGCGUAGAAAAUAUCAACAGUCUCACAAGCGCCUUUCUUUACUCUUUAGAAACGCAAACAACAAUUGGAUAUGGUGGACGAGCCUUAACAGGGAACUGUGCCAAAACAGUAGUCCUUCUCAUCAUCCAAUCUCUAAUGGGCACCAUCAUAAACUGCUUCAUGUGUGGCCUGAUUUUGGCCAAAUUGUCCCUCCCUAAAAAGCGAGCAAAGACUGUUACCUUUAGCGACACUGCAGUGAUCAGUUUGAAAAAUGAAAAGCUCUGCCUGCAGAUCCGGGUUGCCAACCUCCGGAAGACGCUGCUUAUCAGGAGCCAUAUUUAUGGCAAGUUCGUGAGGACUAGCAUCCCUCCCGACGGAGAGCCCGUCAUCCUGGACCAAGUAAAUGUUGAAUUCCAAGUAGAUGCAGGCAAGGACAACCUCUUCUUUGUCAGUCCCCUCACUCUCUACCAUGUGAUUGACAGUUCAAGCCCCUUUUCGGAGAUGGCUGCCGACACACUGCAGAAGCAGGACUUUGAGCUGGUGGUCUUCCUGGAUGGCAUGGCUGAGUCCACCAGCUCGUCUUGCCAGGUCCGCACCUCCUUCAUCCCGCGUGAGAUCCAGUGGGGAUACAGCUUCCUGCCGGUUAUUUCGCGAACCAGGGGUGGCAAAUACUUUGUUGAUUUCUCCAACGUUUCGAAGACUGUUGCAGUGAGCACACCACACUGUUUUAGUUGCUUUAAAGAUCCUGUACUUCACAAGCAUGCCCAGCAUGGCAUUGACAAUCCAGGAUUUGAGGUGAUUACCAUUAAAGAUUUUGGGGACAAAGAUAAUUAUUGCUGCCUUAGCAGCUCAGUGCAGGACAACCAACACUUUUAAAUGUUUCUUUAACAGGAAUCUGCCGUUGCCUGUGUGCAGCCUGAUACAGCAAGGUUAGAAUAUUGUGGCUAAAUAUUUUAUGGUGAUUUAUU